AUUCGAAUGUCGGUUUCCGUUGUUAUGUGAUACAAGCAACGCAUUACAAAAUAUAUUUACGAAAAUCAUAUGUCAGGUUGCAAAAUUUUUCAUUGAUAUAAUUUUAAGCAAAAACUAAUUUUUUUCAUUAAAACCGAUUAACAUUAUUUAAUUAAUCAAUAUGUGCAACUUCAAACUCCCUAAUUGCGUGACGAAAAUAAAAUUUCAUGCGCAAUGUUUAUUAUCUAUCCAGGACUCCUGACGGUUCUUUUGGUCGUUCUUUGUGUGAUAGGAAUAUUAGCAGUUACCUUUCGUUCCUGUUUUCCUGCAUGUUGUUGCAAGAAAAAUACUGAUGAUCAAACAGGGAAUACUGAUCAACCCAGUGGACGUAGAAACUUAGCUUUUGAUCAUCAGGAAGAAAUUCGUUCGAUUCGACCUAGACCUUUUAAUAAUAUGGAGCAAUUAGAAUCACCCCCUUCUUAUGAUGAAGCCAUUCGUCAAGAAUUGUUCAGAUUUCAGUUGCCUGCUACGCCUAUGCAUGGGUCUGAAGCUGAGAACAACAAUAAUCUAGAAGUCAAUAACCCAUCAACAAAUUCAACAUCAAACUCAACAUUUCCACCAACUAACUCACCUCAAAAUAGCCCCACAAUGAGUCCUAGGAGCCGUAAUUCGCGAUCUAGAAGUUCAAGUUCAAUCUCUAGUUCCAGUGGCAGCAGUUCACCAUUGUCCACCAUCAAUGAAGAAGAAGAAUGGCCUGUGCGAGUAGUCAUAGAUUGCAUAGGUGUCCAGGCGGCCAGACUAAUGGACAACUGUGAUACUUCUGUCCAACUGUCAAAUGGAAAUGCGCUGAGCACGAACUCAAAGUGUUAACGUUAGUCCUUGUCCUGGUUUAGUCAACUAGCAAUGUUUCAUUCACAAUUGUGUGAUUUAUUUGUAACUUUCUUCAGUAUUAUAAGUAUUAAAUAGUGCAUAGGUAUCUAGAUGUCCAAUGUAAUGAACAACUGUGACACAAUAAUCCAUCCAACAAAUGACCAUCAACUGGUUCGAAAUAUUAACUCUUUCUUGUGCAGGUUCCUCUCUCCAGUCAAUCAAAAAUUAUUUAUUUUGUUUUCUAUAUUAUAAAUGCAACGGGUAUUACUUUACGAACGACUUGAUGGAAAGCCUGGUGGAUAAAUAUCUGUCAACUGUCCCUGCUGCAAUAAGCAGGAAGGCACAAACAAAAGCUCAAAGUGUAAAAUGAUGGUUGUAAUUUAGAGUGUUCCAAAUGAGAGCUCAUUCAGUCAAGUAACACAUCAUGUGAAUACAUUCUUAUUUCAAUUUUAUAAUUCCAUAUGGCUUCAGUAUUAUAAAACCAGUGGCUUCAGUGUUAUAAAUUUAUGUGGUUUCAGUAAUAUAAAUGUGUAAGUUAUUUCUGAGUAGAUUGCUGAAGAACUAUGACAUUAUGACAGCUAUCAAACAAACAGAAUUCUUUGUCAGAAAUGGAAUCUUAUGGUCCUUAUAUUGCUCAAAAACGUUAAUAGGGUUCGUUAAUGCUUUCAAAUUUUAAACGGAUCCUAUUGCAUUAGAAAGAGGUUUCUAAAUUGCAAGAGUAAUGUGCUCUCCAUCUAACAAGCAUAAAUUCAAAUACAAACUAAUUCGUUUUGACAUUUGUUUUUGUUACAAUCCUUUAGUUGACCAACAGUGAUUAGUUCUCGCCUUAGAAAUCUAAUGUAUCUUGCUAUGAUGUGUAUAAUACUGCAUAAGUGCCAAAAUGGCUAGGUUGAAGGACAACUGGGAUUCACAAUCGCUACAAAUGUAUUAUUUUAAUAUACAAAGGUAAUUUUAAAUAGUUUUCAAAGAAUUGUGGGUAAGUGAUAACAGCAUUUAAUCCCUCACACGAGUGAUGAAGUUCCGAUUAUAAUACUAUCAACUUCCUUAGGAUUGAUACUGGUUAGAAAUGGACACUACAAAAAUGACUAGUCAGCAAAAUUCUAUUCAACAUUAUGUGUGUCAAUGACAGCAUGCGAGAAGAGUAAAAAGCAAAUUUUUUUGCCCAUAAAAGCAUAGAAAAUAUUUUCAAAUAGGAAACCUAAACAUAAAACACAUGUCUCCUUCUAUGUGUGAAUUUUCUGUGUAAAAUUUGUUAUUUAUUUAGAAAAGUUAUAGCUUUUAUUGUAGGACAUAGGUUGUAAUGUGUAAUAAUUAAUAAAUAUACUUUUGAAUCCUUU